GAGCAAUUGUAGUAUUAGGCUUUUAUUUGAGAUUUACGGCGUCCUUAGGUUCUUUAAUACCGCGGAGAGAAUGCCGACCAACCAUAAGGAUAUCGAUGUGGGUAUGGAUGGCAAUCACAAGACGGUGCUGCAGAUGGCGCCUGUGACAGUGAAGGCAACGGACGAGUGGGUGCGUGGUGACCCCGGCCCGUUCGGCCUGCUUUGCUUCGGCAUGACCACCUGCAUGCUGAUGUUCAUCACCACCCGGUGGAGCGAGAAGACCUUCCUGCCGACGGUAUUCUGCUAUGCUGCGUUUUAUGGAGGUUUCGGUCAGUUCGUUGCCGGCGUCCUUGAGCUGAUCAAGGGUAACACAUUCGGUGGCACUGCCUUCGCUAGCUACGGCGCCUUUUGGAUGGGCUGGUUUCUGCUUGAGUUUUUGUCCAAGUCGGACCCCGCCCGCUACCCCGUCGCCAAGACCGGCAAGACCCUGUGGUGCGGCCUUUGGGCGUUCCUGACCUUCGGCUUCUUCAUUGUCACCCUGCGCAAGAACGGCUGCCUUAUGACCAUCUUCUCUACUCUGGUGAUCACCUUCUCCCUGCUUGCCGGCGGCUUGUGGAGCGACAACUCCGAGCACGCAGCGGGCUAUUGGGGCUUCUUCUGCGGCGCCUCCGCCAUCUACGCCGCCUUCGCCUUCCUUUACAAGAUCGAGCUGGGCAUUGUGCUGCCGGGGGUGCGCCCUGUAGCCUUCAUCUAAGAGCGCACGUCAAACAUCAUAUUUAGUGUUUUAGGACCGGGACCGGCAUGUUGCAAGUCUGGUUUGUUGCUGUUGUGCAACAUGCGUGCGUAACUGCAUGCGUUCUUUACUCGUUUCCGACAUCGGUUUCGAGUCCUACGCACCUCCCGAGUGCGUGGUUAUUGUCCCUCUCGCUGUUUGGAGGUUGUCUGGAAGCGGAGGGAGGCGUGUUGGAAGCGGCCUCCUUAUGGACACGCUGUGACCGCCGGAACUGAAUGUGUCACUUAGACAGUAUUGUCGGCCCUCGAGCGAUAGAUUAGUGAACGAAAGAGAGUGUGCGCAUUACUAUAUGAAAAGUUCCCGAGCUGUGCAUUGUGCCGCUGCAUGCUACCGUGAAUAUUUUUGUUUUUGACUAAUGCGACGAAGUUGGAAAUGGGUCACACUUAUGCAUAUGCGUGUGACAAAGCGUCCCUGGGAUUAACCUAAUCAUGGACUGUGUGCAUGCAUGUGAGCGUACGUGUAUGUUCGUGGUUCCUACUAACGCUGGCCGUUGUCUAUUUUGUGUGAGAGGGGGCAUAGCUGUCACUUUCGCACCGAAAUAACGCCCGGUCUAGACACAGACCGCAGCACAGUGCUAGACGUUGUUGCCACGGUGUUAGGAGUUCGGACUGUGCUUACUGUCGUUUACGAAGGGUUACGGCGGGCUGUUACAACAGAGUAUAUUGCUUACCGGUGCCACAUAUGCUUUCUUGGAUCCUAUUUUCCUUGCAUUGCGAGCGUUGCAUCCGAUAAUUGACCCGUGGGUCACUCAGAAGGGAUACAAAGCAGUUGCAGUGUCACGGUUGGUGUAGCGGCGUGUUUACACGCCUGGUGAUGAAAUGUGCUUCGCGCAUUGCUGGUUGAACGCAUGUUGCCGCUCUUGUUCAGAUAGGCGGGUCGCCACCCGUUAUGUUUCCCUGAUUCCUGUUUCCCCUGUUGCGAUCUGCUGUGUGUGGAUAGGUGUGUGGGUUGCAUGCGUUGCGGGGUGAGUCAGCGCCCUCCGGGGCGCCUCCAUGUGUUAUGUCAACUUGCUUGCUGCCAGAGCUCCCUACCCGUCAGAGGAGGUGCUGGGGCUGCGGGCCUUGGACUCUUCAUGGGUUAUUAGCCGGUUAGUGGUACACUCCAGACUGGGGUUUGUGUCAGGAAGCACACACACCCCGCGGCCAGUUAUUUUAACACACGGGGCGUCUGGGAUUUCAAAAAAGA